UGGGGCUGGGGCCGCGCCGGCAAGAGAGACAUGCGAUUGGUGACCGAGCCGAGCGGACGGACAGCGCGCCCGAGAUGCAGGUGAGCGAGAGGAUGCUGGCGGGGGGCAUGAGAAGCAUGCCCAGCCCCCUCCUGGCCUGCUGGCAGCCCAUCCUCCUGCUGGUACUGGGCUCUGUACUAUCAGGUUCUGCCACGGGCUGCCCGCCCCGCUGCGAGUGCUCAGCACAGGACCGAGCAGUGCUCUGCCACCGAAAGCGCUUUGUGGCAGUGCCCGAGGGCAUCCCCACCGAGACUCGUCUGCUGGACCUGGGUAAAAACCGCAUCAAGACGCUCAACCAGGACGAGUUUGCCAGCUUCCCACACCUGGAGGAACUGGAACUCAAUGAGAACAUCGUGAGCGCCGUGGAACCCGGCGCCUUCAACAACCUCUUCAACCUUCGGACACUGGGGCUGCGCAGCAACCGCCUGAAGCUCAUCCCGUUGGGUGUCUUCACCGGCCUCAGCAACCUGACCAAGCUGGACAUCAGUGAAAACAAGAUUGUCAUCCUGCUGGACUACAUGUUCCAAGACCUAUACAACCUCAAGUCGCUGGAGGUCGGUGACAAUGACCUCGUCUACAUCUCCCAUCGAGCUUUCAGCGGCCUCAACAGCCUGGAGCAGCUGACUCUGGAGAAAUGCAAUCUGACCUCCAUCCCCACCGAGGCGCUUUCCCACCUGCAUGGCCUCAUCGUCCUGCGGCUACGACAUCUCAACAUCAACGCAAUCAGGGACUACUCCUUCAAAAGGCUGUACCGACUCAAGGUCUUGGAGAUCUCCCACUGGCCCUACCUGGACACCAUGACCCCCAACUGCCUCUACGGCCUCAACCUGACAUCCCUGUCCAUCACACACUGCAACCUGACCGCAGUGCCCUAUCUGGCCGUUCGCCAUCUGGUCUAUCUCCGCUUCCUCAAUCUUUCCUACAACCCCAUUGGUACUAUCGAGGGCUCCAUGCUGCAUGAGCUGCUGCGGUUGCAGGAGAUCCAGCUGGUGGGUGGGCAGCUGGCCGUGGUGGAGCCCUAUGCCUUUCGUGGGCUCAACUACCUACGUGUGCUCAAUGUCUCUGGCAACCAGCUGACCACCUUGGAGGAGUCGGCCUUCCACUCAGUGGGCAACCUGGAGACGCUCAUCCUGGACUCCAACCCCCUGGCCUGUGACUGCCGGCUGCUGUGGGUCUUCCGGCGCCGCUGGCGGCUCAACUUCAACAGGCAGCAACCCACCUGCGCCACACCCGAGUUCGUCCAGGGCAAGGAGUUCAAGGACUUUCCGGACGUUCUCCUACCCAACUACUUCACCUGCCGCAGGGCCCACAUCCGGGACCGCAAGGCGCAGCAGGUGUUUGUAGAUGAGGGCCACACGGUGCAGUUUGUGUGCCGCGCGGAUGGCGACCCUCCACCGGCCAUCCUUUGGCUCUCACCCCGCAAGCACUUGGUCUCAGCUAAAAGCAAUGGGCGGCUCACAGUCUUCCCUGAUGGCACGCUGGAGGUGCGCUACGCCCAGGUACAGGACAACGGCACGUACCUGUGCAUCGCAGCCAAUGCUGGCGGCAACGACUCCAUGCCCGCCCACCUGCAUGUGCGCAGCUACUCGCCCGACUGGCCCCAUCAACCCAACAAGACGUUCGCCUUCAUCUCCAACCAGCCAGGCGAGGGAGAGGCCAACAGCACCCGCGCCACCGUGCCUUUCCCUUUCGACAUCAAGACGCUCAUCAUUGCCACCACCAUGGGCUUCAUCUCCUUCCUGGGCGUAGUCCUCUUCUGCCUGGUGCUGCUGUUUCUCUGGAGCCGGGGCAAAGGCAACACAAAGCACAACAUCGAAAUUGAGUAUGUGCCCCGGAAAUCGGACGCAGGCAUCAGCUCGGCCGAUGCACCCCGCAAGUUCAACAUGAAGAUGAUAUAA